GCAUUUUUCAGAUCCCAUGUAUAUAUUUAUCUUUUGUUUUCCUGCACUUUUUUCUCUUCCUGGUUCAAUUGUUCUAUCGCACCUUCUUUGGGUUAUUCACCUCUACUUCUGCUUUUUCUAGGUUUCUUAUUCCAAGUUUAACUUCUCAUCUCUUCUGUAAUCUGAAACAAUGACUCAACCUGAAUAUCAAGACAAUGACACCUUUUUUUUCACCUCUGAAUCUGUUGGUGAAGGUCAUCCUGAUAAAAUUUGCGAUCAAGUUUCCGAUGCCAUUUUAGAUGCCUGUUUAACUGAAGAUCCCUUGUCAAAAGUUGCUUGUGAAACUGCUGCUAAGACUGGUUUAAUCAUGGUCUUUGGGGAAAUCACCACCAAGGCCAACUUGGACUACCAAAAGAUCAUUCGUAACACCAUCAAACACAUUGGUUACGACUCAUCCGAAAAGGGUUUUGACUAUAAAACUUGUAAUGUCUUGGUAGCAAUUGAACAACAAUCUCCAGAUAUUGCCCAAGGUUUGAACUUGGAAGACUCCUUAGAAAACUUGGGUGCCGGUGAUCAAGGUAUAAUGUUUGGUUACGCUACAAAUGAAACUCCUGAAUAUUUACCUCUAACUAUUCUUUUGGCUCACAAAUUGAAUGCUGCUCUUGCCACCGCCAGGAGAAACAAAACUUUAUCUUGGUUAAGGCCAGACACCAAGACCCAGGUCACCGUCGAAUAUAAAAAUGUUAAUGGUGAGGUUAUCCCAUUAAGAGUUGACACCAUUGUUAUCUCCACUCAACAUGCUGAUUCAAUCUCCACCGAAGACUUGAGAUCUCAAAUUAAAGAAAAAGUCAUCUCCAGUGUUAUUCCAAAAGAUUUGUUAGAUUCAAACACUAAAUACUACAUUCAACCUUCUGGUAGAUUUGUCAUUGGUGGCCCUCAAGGUGACGCCGGUUUAACUGGUAGAAAAAUCAUCGUCGAUACCUAUGGUGGUUGGGGUGCUCAUGGUGGUGGUGCCUUCUCUGGUAAAGAUUUCUCUAAAGUCGACAGAUCUGCUGCUUACGCUGCCAGAUGGGUAGCAAAAUCCUUAGUUCACGCCAAUUUGUGUAAGAGAGUCUUGGUUCAAUUCUCCUAUGCUAUCGGUGUUGCUGAACCUUUAUCCAUUAAUGUCGAUACUUAUGGUACUUCAUCUUACUCUCCACAAGAAUUAGUCAAAAUCAUCAGAAAAAACUUCGACUUGAGACCUGGUGUUAUUGUUAAAUCUCUCAAUUUAGCCAAACCAAUUUACUUCAAAACUGCUUCCUAUGGUCAUUUCACCAAUCAAGAAAACUCUUGGGAAAUUCCAAAAGUUUUAGAAUUAUAGUUUUAAAUCAAAUUAUAAAAUUCAUUUAAAAUAUUCAACUAUCAAUUUUAUUUAAUUCUUAUUCAUGCAUGAUUAAACUCCUCUUCAUUUUUAUAUCGUUUUUUAUUAUUUUAUAUUUUAAAUGUCCUUUUAGACUGUUGUUUUUAUUAAAUUUUUCUAUCUCUUUUUUUAAAGAAUCUCAAUCCAAAAACAAAAGAAAAAUUUCUAAUUUCAAAUGAAACUCAAAAUUAAUUCAAAUCAAAUGGGGUGCUAAUUCAAGAUACAAAAACUUUUUUUAUUUUUCAAUUUCACAAUCUUGUUAUAAUGAUUUUUUUAUCCUUAUUUAAAUUGUUUAAAUAUUUAUAUAAUUCUUUUCUGGUUCAUUUAUGUAUUAUCUUAUUAAUAUUCAACUAUUA